CUCACCUCCCACUUCCAUCUCCACGUACGAAGUCGGCUGCGCGCACUGGCCUCGACGCGACGGACGGCCGAAGCUGACGAAUGGGAGGCGCGCCGCGGCGCCCGGCUGAGGAGGCGGAGGAGGUGACGGAGCUGGAGCUGCGCAUGCAGCUGCUGGGUGGCGGCGCCUACAACAUCAACGACAACGCCGACCUCCUUGCUGAGAUCCUGGCGCGCCUUGACGGCCGCUCGCUCGCCGCCGCGGCUUGCGUCUGCCGCCUCUGGGCCGCCGUCGCGCGCCGCGACGCCGUCUGGGAGGCGCUCUGCCUCCGCCACGUCGGCCCGGCGCCGGGACCCACGCAGCCGGCGGGCCCCGCCACCCACGCCGUCGUCGCCGCGCUCGGAGGAUACCGCCGCCUCUACCGCCUCUGCCUCGGCCCGGCGCUCGACCGGCUCGGCCGCGCGGGGACGCUCGCCCACGCGCAUGCUCGCGCCCACCUGUCGCUGUCCCUCUCGCUGUCGCUCUUCUCCAUCGACUGCUACGAGCGCCUCGGCGGCGGCGGCCCGGGCGGGGGCGCCGCCGGGAGGCAGCCGCCGCCGCCGUCGUCGCUUCUGUUCCUCUGCAAGCCCGUGGACGUGUCGUGAUGACAAUGAGAUUGAGCUGGCACACGAUCCCUCCAUUAAUCCUGGCCGUCUGAUCGGUCGAUGUCGUCGCGUUGGCGUAUGCAUGCUGCCUAGUGUUCCUACCUUCCUGCUCGUUUGACGGACGCCGCUUAACACAAUUGGUUUGGUUUUCAUUAGCACGAACGAACAAUAAGAGCCAGAGAGAGAGAGAGAGAGAGUUCUUCAAUCAAGCUGUACCGUAGAGAGAGGCAUUCCCUAUAAUAUAUGGAAGUAAUUAUUCUUUCCUUCCUUUUUAUCGUUCACCUGUGUACGCUUGGUGCUUGUCUGCGCCCGUUUGACGAGUUGCUGUUUCGAUGCACGUGGCUUGUAUCGCUUCCCCGUGCUGUUGCUUCGGCUGGAUGCUUGCGAUGCAAGUG